CUUAUCUUUACAUUUGUAUCCCUUACUUAAUCCCCAUUAAAAAUAAUUUAAAGAAGAAAUAUUUAAAAGCUAUAGGGGGAAACACUUACAUGAACAAGUUUAUAUCAUAGUUCUUAUUAUUGUAAGAGAAAAUGUUUUAAUAAAAUGUACAGUGUUUUUAUUUCCUCUAAAACUAUAUUAAAUACUGCUGUCAGUAAAUGUGAUCAAAGAUUAAAACAGCAUUUUUAUUUGAGCUCUUCUUCAUUAAAAACGACAAAUCCGGAAUUUCAUUCCCCUUUCCGGUUUGUACUUUACACAAUCCAAGAUGGCGACCAUCACUAACUGAAUACACACGCUAUUUCAGCGUUGUCAAAUGCAAUCAUAUGAAUUAGAAAUCAAAAAAGCUGCCAAACAAGGCAACAAGCAGGCAGCCACAGUUCUUGCCAAACAGCUCAUAAACAUGAGGAAACAGCGAACAAAGAGUUAUUCUGUCGGCUCCAAAAUACACUCUAUAGGAACACAACAAAAGGUGAUGCAUUCAAAUAUGAAAAUGGGAACUGCCAUGGCUACAACAACAAAGACGAUGCAGCAGAUGAAUAAGGUGAUGGACCCUGUAAAGACAGCGAAGACCAUGCAGGACUUCACCAAAGAGUCCAUGAAAAUGGAGAUGUCGGAGGAGAUGAUAAACGACACGUUGGAUGACAUUCUUGGCGAGUCUGGAGAUGAGGAGGAAUCUGAUGCCAUUGUGUCUCAGGUGCUGGACGAGAUCGGCAUUGACAUGUCCGGCAAGCUGGCUGAUGCUCCGAUACACAGGGGAAAGGUUGGAGAGGCAUCGGGUUCUAACGCGGAGGCAGACAUAGAGAGACAGUUAGCAGCUCUCAAAGACUUAUAGUGACAAUCAUUCCCAUUUCUAAUUAAUUGUUAAACAUAUCAUCAACUUUAGAUGUGUUCCUACAUCACA